AUGAAGGCGGGAAACAAAAUAACUACUUCAACUACUUCCCAGUUUCAUUCAAAUAGAUCCCUACGGAAGCAACGAAGGUCGUCCAGAGUUGCAAUCAGUAAAAGAGGCAUGGAGCUGUCCAAGAAAGUAAAUGCAUCAGAGCAUGAAGAUGGUGUUGAUAAGAUCAGUAGCUUACCAGACCCUGUUCUUCAGCUGAUUCUUUCAGGUCUUCCAACUACCGAAGAAGUAUUUCGAACCAGCAUUCUGUCAACACGAUGGAAGAACAAAUUCAAAAAGUUUGUUGAUGGGGUUUUAGCAAAGGGUUCCCUUGAUUUGGAGAGUGUUCGUUUAUGUUGUUCGGACCAUUACAGUAUGCAGAUUGUACAAAAGUGGAUUCAUGCUGUUGUUAAGAGAAACAUUAAACAACUUCACUUGUUGUUUUGCUGUGGGCAUUGGCUUAAAAGUAUACAUUUGCCCGAUUGUCUUAUGACUUGUGGUUCAUUAGAGGUAUUCAGGUUGUAUUUGUACAAACGGCGUUUAAAUUUUUUCAAGUUGACAGGGUUUUCAGGACUUAGGGUUCUUGAGUUGAACAAUUUUGUGUUAGCAUACGACUCUGUGUACGUAUAUGAUUUUCUCAAAGGGUUGCCAUUGCUUGAGGAAUUGAGUUUGAUAGACUGCAUGAUGAAGAAACUCAUGUUUCUUUGUAUUUCAUGUCCGAAUCUGAAGAAUCUCAGACUUGAUAACCGGAAUAUCUCAGAGUUGUAUAAUAUUGAGAGUAUCUGUGGUUGCAUAGAGAUUGUUUGCCCAAAAUUGGUGUUUUUUGAGUUUGGAGCUUUUAAAGCUUAUAAGUAUAUCUUCAAAAGUCUGGUUUCAUUGAAGAAAGCUGUGAUUCAUCCUGAAGACUUUCCAUAUGAAUAUAUGGAGCGCAAGUUUCGGGGAAAUGGUCUUUUAGAAUCUUUGUCCACCAGUAUUGACAUCUUCUGUUUCUCAUUAUAUCCCUCAGUUGUACCUAAUCUCAAAACAUUGGAGCUAACCACAGGAAUUCAUGAUAUCCCCAUAAUCAGUAAACUCAUCAGAUUCCUCACACGUCUUCCUCAAUUGGAGUCUCUCAAUUUGAUCAUUGAAGAGAAAUGUUUUUCUCUGGGAAGACUGGAAGUUGGAUGAAGCUGAAAGAAGAGGAAUCUUGACACGUCAUCUGAAAAGAGUCGAGUUUCUUAAUUUCUAUAAGGAAAAGCUAAUACUUGAUUUAGUGCGUUGUUUACUAGAGCAUGGAAUUGCAUUGGAGGAAAUGGUUUUUAGAUGGGAUUGUGAUGAAGCCGAGUUCCAUGAGAGGUCAGUGGAGACUAUGAAUCAAGUCUCAAAGUUUCACAAAGCUUCCUCAACUGUCAAACUGGGUUUUCUUAAUGAGAUCAGUUAUUAUCAGCUUUCUGGUAAACCGUAAGUAGUACCUACCUAUUCAUGUUACAAGGUAAAUAGAUUUCUUGAUCUCAUGUGAUUUGUAUGUUUGUACCACAUGACUUCAUGUUGCUUCAUUUUAAGGACAAUUGUGUUGGGAGAUGUAUUAAAAUUUGGGUUAAAUGCACAUACUAGUCAAUAGCUACAUGUUUGAGGCUGAUUUUAAUCUUGUG